GUUACUGAGGAGAAGCACAGCAGCACAUUGGGACUGGAUCUGGAUUUUCAUGAAGUUUCUGCUGCUCAUAGGUGACCAUUUACAGAUUGCUGUUUAACCGUAAAGAGCUCAUCCAGAAUGGCCGGUCCGGUUCCAGCACUCCCAGACUCUUUUGCUCCGAGUUCGGACAGCGUUUACUCGGAUCAGUUUGGCUUUUACUCCCUGGACUCGAAUGUUCCUGGUCUUUCUAAAGUCAUCUUAGACAAACUCAACAUGAAAGACUACAAAGAGUACAGGGCAGCACUGGAGGGCAAAGGAAAGGUGGGAUUUCGCUCUCACAAAGAGAUGUUUCAGAAUCUAGAAGAAACGUUUAAAUUCUGUACCUGCUGCUCCAAACUCCCGUCCAACCUUCCAGACCCAAAAGCACUCAAACGCUGCAUUAAGUGUCUGAACGUGUAUUACUGCAGUAAAGACUGUCAGAAGAAGGACUGGUCUUUGCAUAAGAAGUUCUGUAAGAUGCUCCAUAAGGUCUCCAUUGACAGGCUGGUGGAGUGGCUCAUUCACACAGGAGAUCUUCCUUUCCCGACGGAGGCGUGGUCUCGUCCCGCUAAAGACGUGAGGUGUUGGGACGACUGGGUCUCCAUGCAGGGCGAUCUGACACCCCGUCUAGAUGCCAUCCUGUCCGGAAAAAACAUGACAGAGCUUUGGACCAAUGCCUGCAGGCCGCGGCCGGAGGAGGCGGAGCUUCGCAAGUCUGCGUGGCGGGUUUGCAGCGAAUUCUUCUCUCGGUCGCUGACGGUGGGCCUCGGGAUUCAGAUGGCCCGUCUGGACCCGUAUUCCCGUCCUCUGACUAUACAUUUAGUUGGGGCCGGUCACAACGAGACCCUGGGAGCCAGAACCACGGACAUGGAUGAGCUCAGCCGCAUGUUCCCGGGGCACCAGGGGCUGGAGGUGGUGAUGGUGGGGCCCGAGGUGGUUCAGGGGCCCAUCAUGAGGCCCCCGCUGAGGGCGUUCGGACCCCGGGGAAAAGUGUACAUCAGCGCUUACAAGGGCCUCUACCAUCAGUUCUGGGAGGAAGUUGUGGAGAAAGGAGAAGCAGCCAAACCAGAUCUAGUGGUCGGAUUUCAUCCAGGGUUCCACGCGUCUCAGGGAUUGGGAGAGGGAUGGCUGCCCACAUUAUUGCUGCUUAGAGACUAUAACAUACCAUCCAUCUUCACCAUGUACAAUGAUGCGGAGCUCCAGUAUUCCCUGCAGAUUCUCAUAGAGCUCGAAAUGGACGUUAAAGACACCGGAGCCAAUCCUUUCAGCUCCCAGAAACCCGAGCAGGUCCAGUCCAGCCCGAACAAAGCCCCCAGUUACUGCAACGCCUUUUAUAUUUACUUUCAGGGUCUGCUGGAGACACAGCAGGAGGACGAGUAGAUUCACACAGACCUUUGCCUUCAUUUACUAAAUGCAUCUUAAAAGAAAACCCUGCAAAUAACACCCUUAUUAUGUCACUUGCUAUUACAGUUUAAUAGUUAUUUAAGAAAUAAAUGUUUUAUCUGAAACUGCAGUUAAACAGUUGUUUGCUACACAAUUUAGUGAACAUUUAGCGCCCCCUAGUGACAGAAUCUGCCGUGACAUUUUAAUGACAGCCUUCUGGGUAGUUCCAUUUAACUCAACUAUUGCUUAAAAAUGACUAUAUUUCUUACUUAAAAUGAACCCAAAAUAGGUUGGAAAUGUAUUAAUAUGUUUAAUAAAUUAAUAUUUAAUAAUAUGUUGAAUAAAUAAUAAUUAAGUAAUAUAUUUUUUCAAAUUGGUUAUUAAUAAAUGUUCACAUUUUGAUUCUUGCUGAUGCCUAUAGUAAUUGUGUGUCUGAUUUGUAGUUCACAAUUUUGGGUUCAUUUUAAGCCAACCAUAUAGUAAUUCUUAAACAAUAGUUGAGUUGAAUAAAAUUACCCAGAAGGUUAGGUUAAACAUUUAAUAUUUCACGGUUGUUUUUAACCCAGCAUUUUUUCGAGUUUGCUCUUUAAAAAGUUAUUAAUUAUAUUAUAUUAUAUUAUAUUAUAUUCAUUUUUAUUUUAAACCAAAAGGUCUAUUUUGAUUCCUGAGUCUUGUGCCAGAUUGUGUAUUAUUUGUAUGUUUUAGUUUCCCUUCAGUGAUUAUUAUUUAUUUGAUAUAGAAGACGCUUUAUAAAAAAAUAAAUACAUUUAUAUAAGCAAAUAAAAAAAUGCGUCCGUAUUUAUUUUUCUAUUUUAUUUAUUUAUUU